UCAACAACUGGAAGUAAUGAAGUGAGGUUCAAAAGAGGAGAAAAGAAACUAGCAGAAGAAAGCCUCACUCAAGAAAGCUGCUUUCUAGACCGAUUUGGAUGGUAGUUUUCACAAAGCGCAAACAGGACAGUUCUUUUCCGAGUCUGGCUAGCAGUGGUGGAGGGGGGCGGGGGGUGGAUAGUUCAGUGAUGGAACUUCACAGGGUCGUGCGCUUUGGAAGAAUGCCUGAACAAGAGUGACAGUAAUAAUAAUAAUAAUAAUAAUAAUAAUAAUAAUAAUAAUAAUAAUAAAUCGGGUCUGUUUCGUGUGUAGUUGGGGUUUGAAUUAUUAUGAAGUACCAUGGCGUGGUGUGAUCGUGGAGUUCAGAUUUUGCUUACCACCGUGGGGGCCUUCGCGGCUUUCAGCCUAAUGACCAUCGCCAUUGGCACGGAUUACUGGCUCUACUCAAGGGCGCAUAUCUGCAAUGCUACCAACAUCACCACGGAUGAAACUCAACCCAAGAAAGCCAAAGGAGAUCUAACGCACUCUGGGCUGUGGAGAGUCUGCUGCAUAGAAGGUAUUAACAAAGGGAGCUGUUACAGAAUCAACCACUUUCCAGAUGACGAUGACUAUGAUACAGACAGCUCAGAGUAUCUUCUACGUAUAGUGCGAGCCUCCAGUAUCUUCCCCAUCCUCAGUACCAUCCUGUUGCUGCUGGGGGGUCUCUGUGUGGGGGCCGGGAGAAUCUACAGCAGUAAAAACAACAUCAUCCUCAGUGCCGGGAUUCUGUUUGUAGCAGCAGGCCUCAGCAAUAUCAUCGGGAUCAUCGUCUACAUCUCCAGCAACGCGGGGGACCCCAGCGACAAGAAGGACCAGGACAAGAAAAACCAGUACAACUAUGGCUGGUCCUUCUACUUCGGGGCUCUGUCCUUCAUUGUGGCCAAAACCAUUGGGGUGCUGGCCGUGAACAUCUACAUCGAAAAGAACAAGGAGGUCCGCUUCCAGGCGCGCCGCGAGUUCAUCAGGACCACCUGCUCCUCCUCCUCGCCCUACUCCCACAUGCCGAGCUACAGAUACCGCCGGAGACGCUCGCGCUCCAGUUCCCGGUCCACAGAGCCCUCCCCCUCCAGAGAGGUCUCUCCCGCGGGGAUGAAGAUGCUUCGCUCGAUGCCCAGGACUGAGAUCUCCAUGUAUACCCUUCCCAGGGACCCCCUGAAGGCUUCUACAGCAGCCUUGUGCAACCCGGAGCAGGACUUCCUGCAGGUUCACAACUGCUUCCAGCCGGACCACAAGGACGGGGGCAACAGACGGACCACGCCUGUAUGAGCAGAUUGUAUUAUAAGCCUGGUUUUCUGUGUGGUUCUGUAACAGAUGGACAGGGAGACUCGCAGGUUUGUGGUGUGGAUACUGUAGUGUAGGAUUGCCUGAUCAGAGCUUCUGCAUCCAACAAAUCUUAUUAAAGAAUCUUGAUAAAUGAACACAAGGGAGGUUCACAAGGGACCAGGAGCCUGUGCGCUGGUGUUCAAAUGUAAAAGUACAGGAAAUCAUUGUCACUGCCAUUUUUAAUAGCACUUUAAUAGUGAAAGAAAGCUUAAGAUUUCAAAAGCAAGACUUUGUAGCAAUAUAUCUCAGAACUGGCAGCAGCAGUGAUUUUCUUUCCCUUCUUCGCCGCACCCCCCCCCCCCACCCCUUUUUAUUGUAUCUCUACUGUUUGUUUUAGGAUGUCUCUUUCAAACGCUACACUGUCUGAAGGUAUACAAGUUGCACAGUAUAAGCUGGGGCUAAUGAAGAUGUAGCUGGAACAUACUGUACUAACCUUUUCCCCCCUCACUGAUCGCUGCAUCACAUCCUCGCCGGGCUUGUUUGUCCUGUGUGGCACCAGUGCAGCGCUACAUUUCAGCAUGACAUCAUCCUCCCACGUGUAACAUGACUCAUGAUGUGAGAGCUACCUGUAGUAGGCAGAGGUUGCGCAUUUAUGUUUUUAGGACCGCUGCCUAAAAUUACCAUUUCCAUUUUAUUUUUUGUGACACAAACCUCUCAUAAAUUCAACUCGAAGAUCAGCCGUCUAAGACAAGUUUAGCAUGUUUGGUUAAUUUCAAUUGUGUGCUGAAUUCAACGUCUUUCCUGAGUUAGGGUGGUAGGCAAAGAUCAGAGAAGGACAAUAAAGAGCACAGAACUCCCGAGAGUGAAGGAGCACAUGUAGACGGGGCUGGAAGUUUGAUCAGAGGCUAAUAGGCUGCGAAGUAGAAUGAAAGACGUGCAGUAGUUAACAGAACUGUCCGCAGUUAAGAACUAUCUUAAGAACUAGCACACAGCAUCAGGGUUGUCACGCACCGAUACACGAUCACUGAGCAUGCUUGCUUUUCGUUAUUUAAUUACAAAACAUCUUGGGAGUGAGUAACCAGUCUCUUAUGAGGGAUAAAGAAGAUAUUGAAUUGCAAAUACUGGAAUCGUUCACAGAACUGAAACAGAUUGCAGGGCAGUGGUUUUAAUUGACUGUACUUAUGAGACUUGUACUUACAAGAAGAAGACAAAGCUCAGUCAAAAACAGAGAGGGUUGCAUUUGAAGAGAGAAAAUGAAUUAGAAAUCCCAACUUUUAUUUUGUAUUAUUAUUUUUAUCAAUUCUGUUUUACUGUAGGGUUAACUUUAAAAAGAAAUACUAACCGAUGUAUAUGAAGUGUUAUUCCAGGAGCAAUGUGCCACGCAGGACGUGUAGAGAAUGCUUGUACAAUUACAAGUAACACACCUGAUCUCUUUAAUCCUACAGCUGUCUUAGAAAAAUAACAUUUAACUUCUUCAAGUUCAAAGUUAACAUCUUCGGUUUCUUCUUUUUAUUUUGUAAUUGUUACUGUAAUUUAUUGCACACUGUGAUGUACUGGUCAGCUGGUAGAGAAGACCAUCACACACCUUCGUAUAAAUGAAAUCGGGGGUGUUCUUUCUGUUGCUGUGUCGUGCCAUUCUGUAUUCUGUAUUUCUUAUUAUAUUGUACCUGUAUCUUUUUACAGUGUAAUUUAUUCAUGUUUAUUGUUUCCAAGUGUUAAGUAAAAAGCCAA